AUGGCUUACGAAUAUAUAUUUGGAAUCUUUGCCUGUUUUCUUGGUUUUGUUUUGUUUUAUUACAAUACAAGAACCAACAAAACAGCGGCCGCGGCAGCGUCAACGGUGGUUUCGGCCCGUAAUGGUGAGGGUACUGAGGGUACUGCAACUGAUAUUAUUAUUGUUGGUGCUGGUGUUGCUGGUGCAGCUCUUGCUUAUACACUUGGAAAGGACGGACGGCGAGUACGUGUGAUCGAAAGGGACUUAAAUGAACCCGAUAGGAUUGUUGGUGAACUUUUACAACCAGGGGGAUAUCUUAAAUUGAUUGAAUUAGGCCUUGAAGAUUGCGUAGAUGAGAUUGAUGCUCAACGAGUUUUCGGGUACGCUUUGUUCAAAGAUGGAAAGAAUACGAAGUUGUCUUAUCCUUUGGAAAAUUUCCAUUCCGAUGUUGCCGGACGAAGCUUUCAUAACGGACGUUUCAUUCAAAGGAUGCGCCACAAAGCGGCUUCUCUUCCCAAUGUGAGUUUAGAACAAGGGAGUGUCACAUCUCUAAUAGAAGAAAAAGGGACUGUUAAAGGAAUUCAAUACAAAACUAAGGAUGGUCAAGAAUUUAUGGCCUAUGCUCCCCUUACGAUCGUAUGCGACGGUGGUUUCUCAAAUUUAAGACGCUCUCUUUCUAAUCCAAAGGUCGAUGUACCUUCUUGUUUCGUCGGUUUGAUUCUCGAGAAUUGCGAGCUUCCGCAUGCGAAUCAUGGACAUGUUAUAAUAGCAGACCCUUCGCCUAUCUUAUUUUACCCUAUUAGCAGCACUGAGAUUCGUUGCUUGGUCGACGUACCCGGCCAAAAAGUACCUUCGGUUUCCAAUGGUGAGAUGGCUCAUUACUUAAAAACUAUGGUGGCUCCCCAGAUUCCUCCACAACUAUACACGGCGUUUAUCACUGCGGUCAACAAGGGAAACAUAAGAACCAUGACGAAUAGAAGUAUGCCAGCGGCUCCACAACCAACUCCGGGUGCACUUUUACUCGGUGAUGCAUUCAAUAUGCGACAUCCUUUAACUGGAGGAGGAAUGACUGUUGCUUUAUCCGAUAUUGUUCUCUUAAGGGAUCUUUUAAGACCACUCCAUAAUCUUCAUGAUGCAUCUGCUCUUUGUAGAUAUCUCGAAUCGUUUUACACCUUACGAAAGCCAGUGGCAUCUACAAUAAACACAUUGGCUGGUGCUUUAUACAAGGUAUUUAGUGCCUCAGCUGAUAAAGCAAGGGAGGAAAUGAGGGAAGCAUGUUUCGAUUAUUUGAGCUUAGGAGGUGCAUUUUCCGAGGGACCGAUAUCUCUACUCUCCGGUCUAAACCCGCAUCCUAUAAGCCUAGUGCUACAUUUCUUCGCCGUGGCAAUAUACGGUGUUGGCCGUUUGUUACUUCCAUUUCCUUCUCCCACACGCAUCUGGACUGGGGCUCGAUUGAUUUCGGGUGCAUCGGGCAUCAUCUUCCCUAUUAUCCGAGCUGAAGGAGUUAGACAAAUGUUUUUCCCUGCAACUGUGCCUGCAUAUUACAGAGCUCCUCCAGUUGAUUAAUUUGAAGAACAAUGGAAAAUUUCAGAGCAAACCAAGCUUUAUUUUCCUACCUACCAAACACUGAGUUGGAAAAUUUGUCACAUUCUUUUAAUACUUUUUCUAGCUAAGAAACUAAAACAAAUGUCCAAUAGGAAUUAUGUAAGCUAUUAUUUCAGAGAAUUCACAUUAUAUUAUCAAAAUUGGCAUUACCAAUACCUGUGAUCUAAUACUGCCAUCUGCUUUAAUAAACAAGAUUUUCAUGGAAAA